AUGAUUCAAAUCUUAAAAGUCGAAGGAAUCUCCAAUUCAACCUGCCUUGCGUCCUUGGAUUCAGCAGAGCUCGUCUUAAAAGACCAAUAUCUCUUUUUGCCGCACAAUGGAGUGCUCUCCUUACAGUUUGUCUCAGGAAGCCAGCUCGCAGGAGGGGUAAUGUUUCCUACAAAAUUACUGCAAGACAAUGUCUGCCAAUAUAUUCCUAUCUUCAGCCCACCUUUAUAUAUAGACAAUUUCCCUGAUGAAGUAGAGCCUCCACGCAUUUUAGUCAAUUGUAGCAAGGUUUUCAGUACUUGUCCCAGUGUCUCUAGCCUUAUUCAAAAUUCAGAGCCUGAGACAGCUGCAGUGGAUGAAGAAGACAUUGAAAGUUUAGCUGAAAAUUACAGAAAAUCAAUUGAUUUUACCCAAGAAAACAACUCAAAAUCGCUAAAAAAAAGAAUCGUAGACUUAGAGUUCGACCUUGAAAAUAUCAAUCGGGACCAUCAAAUUGAGAUCCAAAGAGUCAAGCGAGAAAUGCAAGAAACAAUUGAUAAACUAAGUUUAUCAAUCGCCAAAGGAGAAAUCGCGUACAACAACCAAAAAAUCGCGUGUAACGAUAUUGCUUCACAAAGAGACUGCUUACUCCUUGAGCGAUAAAAGAAAAUUUGUUCACUACUGAGGAUGCUAAUUUUUUAAAAAUUUAUUUAAAUUUUAUGGUAAAUAUUUUUUAAAAUGUAAAAUAAUCCCAAUUCAAUCAUUUAAAGCAAAUAUUAAUUUAAUUUGCAAAAUUUAUGUUUUUAAAAUGCAAAUUAUUUAAAAUUAGAAAGAGAUUCCAUUAUACUAAUUAUUACUUAUAUGUCAAGAAAUUUUUUUUCAGAAAAAUUUUUUGUUGCUGCUUUUAAUCAAAAAUAAAGGUUUUUCCAAUAGUUGGUAGGGAGGGAAUUAGAAAAAAUGCUGGAAAAUAAAAAAGUCUACGCAAAAGAAUUUGAAGAAUUUUCUGCAAGAGUCCUACAGGAGCACCAAUACGAAAAAGAAGAACAAGAAAAAAUUCACGAAGCCUUAAUAAGAAAAUAUGAACAAUUAGCAGAAGAUAACAUUUCCCUUAACUCCCCCCCCCCCCUCCGUGAGCGAACAAAAAAAUUUUGUUCGCUCACGGAGGGGGGUUAAUUUUUUUUUUUAAAACAAAUUUAUAUAUAAAUUUUAUAAAAAAUAUUUUUUUCGAAAUUUAAAAAAAUCCUAAUUUGCAAAAAUUGGGAAGCAAAUAUUAAAUUUAAUUUGCAAAAUUUAUGUUUUAAAACGCAAUUUGUUUAAAAUUAAACAGAAUUAGCUCUAGAUUUCAUUAUACUAAUUAUCACUUAUAUAUCCAAAUUUUUUUCCAUUAAAAUUUUUUUCUAUUAAAAAAAUUUUUGUUCACUCACGGAGGGUGGGUUUUUGGUCAAAAAAUGGCGAUUUUUCUAAUGGUUUUGUUCGCUCACGGAGGGGGGGGGGGGGAGUAAGCGAGAAAAUAACUCUUUACAAGAAAAAAUCAGAACUAUAAGCUCCAAGCAUACAACUGCUUUAGAAAAAAGCAAAGUCUAUGAGUCUUAUAUUGAAUUCUUUAUAAGCAAAGAAACAAUGUACUCAAAUGUGCUGAGUUCCUAUCCGAAUUUGCAUAUAGAUAAGCUUACCGACCAAUUAUCAUCACUUGUGGUUACUUAUGAUAAUUUGCAGAAAACAAAUUUUAAUAAUGUUCAAGAGCUACAGAUUCAGACUGCAAAGCUGGGACAAAGCAAUAAGAAAAGCCAAGAGCUAGAAAUGAGGCUAAAGGAAGCUUCUUCAAUUCAUAAAUACCAUCAAACUGAAAUAGAAGCAAUGAAGGAAAAAGUGAUGCAUCUUGAAGAAGAAAAAAUGAAGCUGGAAUUGGAGCUUGAUAAAGCCAUAGCGACACAAAAAGAUCAGUUAGGGCAAAUUGAAGAUUUGACAGGGAAAGUUGAGCUUCUUGGAGAAGAAAAAAGAAGGUCGGAAAUAGAAUCAAGCCGAGUGAAUGAAGAUUAUAAGGUUGAAAUAGAAGGGCUGGAAGAGAAAUUAAGAAUUCUUGAAGAAGAAAAAAAUGAAUUGAGGAUUGAGCUGGAAAAAGCACAUAAGGAAUACCAGAAUGAAAUAAAAGAAUUGAAUGAAAAAUUCAACUCAGAGAUGGAUAAGGCAAAUUUGGCCCAUCAAAAUGAAGUCGAGCAGUUGAGCCAAAGACUGAGCACUCUUGAAGAAGAAAAAAAUGAAUUGAGGAUUAAGCUGGAGAAAGCACAUAAGGAAUACCAGAAUGAAAUAAAAGAAUUGAAUGAAAAAUUCAACUCAGAGAUGGAUAAGGCAAAUUUGGCUCAUAUAAAUGAAGAAGAGCAGCUGAGUCAAAGACUGAGUACUCUUGAAGAAGAAAAGGCUAGCUUGAAUAUAGAGCAAGUUGAAAAUAAUAAAAAGCAUCAAGCAGAAACAGAAGAGUUAGAAAAUAGAUUAGUUUUGCUUGAAGAAGAAAAAAACAAGCUGCACUCUGAGUUAGAAGCAACUUGCCAAGCUCAUCAAUCUGAAAAAGAAGCAUUAGAACAAAUAGUGAGCUUACUUGAAGAAGAAAAAGCCAAGCUGGAAACUGAAAUUGAAGCAGCCAAUCAAUCCUACCUAGCCAAAACCGAAGAGCUCGAAGAAAGAUUGAUUUCUCUUGGAGAAGAAAAAACUAAGCUGGGUUCAAAGCUAGAUGCCGCAUAUCAUUCCCACCAAGCUGAAUCUGAGUCUUUCAAGAAAAAGUUGAUUUCUCUUGAAGAAAUUAAGAAUAAGUUGGACGCAGAACUCAACAAAGCUUCAUCAACCCAAAAAAGCAGCCAAGCCGAAAUCGAGUCUUUAAAAAAGAAGCUUCUUUCUCUUGAAGAAGACAAAAAUAAACUGGAUCUAGAGCUCGACAAAGCAACCUCAGUCCACAAGUACCAUCAAACUGAAAUAGGUGACCUUAAAGGAAAACUAAUGGCCCUUGAAGAAGAAAAAAUAAAAUCAGACCUUGAGCUUGAAAAAGCCUUGUCAAAAGAUAAAGACAGCCAAGUAGAAAUUGAAACACUAAACGAAAAGCUAGCUUCUCUCAAAGACGAAAAGGUCAAACUAGACUUAGAACUCAAUAAAGCGCUAUCAGUCCACAAGUAUCAUCAGACUGAAAUAGAAGAACUUAAAGAAAAGCUCAUGAACUUUGAAGAAGAAAAAAUAAAACUAAACUUGGAAUUAGAUAAAAAGACAGAAGAAAUGAACAGCCUACAAAAUGAAAUUCGUGAGCUUGCAUACUGUAGAGAGCAAUAUUCAGAAAUAGCCCAAGAAAAAGAAGCAUUAACAAAUCAAAUUUUUUCGCUGAACGAAGAAAUUUCGAAUUAUCAGUGCAAGAUUGAUUCUUUGGCGACUGAUGUCAGCUUUUUGCAGAAAGACCUACAAAAAGCAAAUGAGGAAAAAAUUCAGCUUAGCCAGGAGAUUGUCAAUAUGGCUUCUUCUCAUAAUCAAAAUGACCCAGAUAUUGUGGAAAAAAUACUUAAAGCUUAUUUAAUAGCUGGGGGACAUCCAAAUAAUUUUGUGAAGUUAUCAGAUGGUGUUUAUUGUUAUGGGAAUAAGAAAGUUGGGAUUUCUAUCAAAAACGGAGGACUUGUAGUAAGGGUAGGCGGAGGAUAUAUGUAUAUUGAAGAGUUCUUAAAGGUCUAUGUGCCUCCAGAAAAUUCUGACCUGCAGAAUUGCUCGCCAAAUAAGCUGCUGGGAUCUACCAAAAAGCUACUUGAGCACAUUGAGGAAUUAGAUAGCUCAAUCGCAGAUAUUGGGCAAGAUAUCACUAAUUCUGCUAAUUCCUUCUAAUUAUAAGUCAUUAUUAAUAAAUUUGAAUUUAAGGAUUUUCAUAAAUUAAAAAAUCUUUUUCAGUUUUUAUGCAAAAAAAUAAAAAAGAAAUCUGAAGGCUUUGUUCCUUAUAAUUGGGAUUAAGAAAUCUCCAAGAAAAUCUCCAAUCAAAUCUCCAUUUAAAACUCCUAACAAGAGAGAGUCUAAAGCGGUUUAA